AUGGUGCAUUGCAUCAGCCAUCUUGGAUCACGUUACAAAUCUAGUCUCCACUUUCAUGUUGUCAUCACCACUGUGGGCGUGUCAUCGCCACUGUGGGCGUGUCAUCGCCACUGUGGGCGUGUCAUCGCCACUGUGGGCGUGUCAUCACCACUGCAGGCGUGUCAUCACCACUGUGGGCGCGUCAUCACCAAUGUGGGCGUGUCAUCGCCACUUGGUAUCAUCCAAGUGAAUCACUACACUGUCAGUGAUAUCAUCCAAGUGAAUCACUACACUGUCAGUGAUAUCAUCCAAGUGAAUCACUGCACUAUCCUUUAUAUCAUCCAAGUGAAUCACUACACUGUCAGUGAUAUCAUCCAAGUGAAUCACUGCACUGUCAGUGAUAUCAUCCAAGUGAAUCACUACACUGUCAGUGAUAUCAUCCAAGUGAAUCACUACACUAUCCUUUACAUCAUCCAAGUGAAUCACUACACUAUCCUUUAUAUCAUCCAAGUGAAUCACUGCACUGCCAGUGAUAUCAUCCAAGUGAAUCACUACACUAUCCUUUACAUCAUCCAAGUGAAUCACUACACUAUCCUUUAUAUCAUCCAAGUGAAUCACUGCACUAUCCUUUAUAUCAUCCAAGUGAAUCACUGCACUGUCAGUGAUAUCAUCCAAGUGAAUCACUACACUGUCAGUGAUAUCAUCCAAGUGAAUCAUUACACUAUCCUUUACAUCAUCCAAGUGAAUCACUACACUAUCCUUUAUAUCAUCCAAGUGAAUCACUGCACUGUCAGUGAUAUCAUCCAAGUGAAUCACUACACUAUCCUUUACAUCAUCCAAGUGAAUCACUGCACUAUCCUUUACAUCAUCCAAGUGAAUCACUACACUAUCCUUUACAUCAUCCAAGUGAAUCACUACACUAUCCUUUAUAUCAUCCAAGUGAAUCACUACACUAUCCUUUACAUCAUCCAAGUGAAUCACUACACUAUCCUUUAUAUCAUCCAAGUGAAUCACUACACUAUCCUGUAUAUCAUCCAAGUGAAUCACUACACUAUCCUUUAUAUCAUCCAAGUGAAUCACUACACUAUCCUUUACAUCAUCCAAGUGAAUCACUGCACUAUCCUUUACAUCAUCCAAGUGAAUCACUACACUAUCCUUUACAUCAUCCAAGUGAAUCACUACACUAUCCUUUACAUCAUCCAAGUGAAUCACUACACUAUCCUGUAUAUCAUCCAAGUGAAUCACUACACUAUCCUUUAUAUCAUCCAAGUGAAUCACUACACUAUCCUUUACAUCAUCCAAGUGAAUCACUACACUAUCCUUUAUAUCAUCCAAGUGAAUCACUACACUAUCCUUUAUAUCAUCCAAGUGAAUCACUACACUAUCCUUUAUAUCAUCCAAGUGAAUCACUACACUAUCCUUUACAUCAUCCAAGUGAAUCACUACACUGUCAGUGAUAUCAUCCAAGUGAAUCACUGCACUAUCCUUUACAUCAUCCAAGUGAAUCACUGCACUAUCCUUUACAUCAUCCAAGUGAAUCACUACACUGUCAGUGAUAUCAUCCAAGUGAAUCACUACACUAUCCUUUACAUCAUCCAAGUGAAUCACUACACUAUCCUUUACAUCAUCCAAGUGAAUCACUACACUAUCCUUUACAUCAUCCAAGUGAAUCACUACACUAUCCUUUAUAUCAUCCAAGUGAAUCACUACACUAUCCUUUAUAUCAUCCAAGUGAAUCACUACACUAUCCUUUACAUCAUCCAAGUGAAUCACUACACUAUCCUUUAUAUCAUCCAAGUGAAUCACUGCACUAUCCUUUAUAUCAUCCAAGUGAAUCACUACACUAUCCUUUACAUCAUCCAAGUGAAUCACUACACUAUCCUUUACAUCAUCCAAGUGAAUCACUACACUGUCAGUGAUAUCAUCCAAGUGAAUCACUGCACUAUCCUUUACAUCAUCCAAGUGAAAUUGCCCUGA